UCUGGUCGGAGUAAACAAAACGCUUUUCUAAGCGACCGAGGCUGUGUUGAGUGUUCGCGCACAGUAACUUUUUUAACUGGAUCUUGAAACGACAUGAGCCGUGGUCAACUUGUUCACUGGAAGUUGCUCCUCGGCUCUUGUGUGUCACUGUCGCGGAACGUUUCCUGAUUAAUCGUAUCUGCAUCGAGGCGGUGACACACGCACCUACCGUUUGGUUUCAUUUUGUUAGUGUUGAACUUUGUCCCUCAUUAUGUGACACUUUUCAUCAUAGGUAAAUUGGGAUAUAGGUGCACGCACGACCAUGUUGUUUCAUCUGUUCAUACUCCUUCAACUCCUGUCGUGCGGAGAUCUGGCCUGUAUGAGGAGGCUGCUGUCGAAACAUGAAGACCAAGAAGUGGUUGUCGGUGAAGGGGACGCAAAGUCGUUCUUGGGCCGCCAUCUGUUGUUCAACCGGUUUGACUUUGAGAUCUUCGUUCCUGGAAAUCUGGAGAGGGAAUGUUAUGAAGAAGACUGCAAUUACGAAGAAGCAAGGGAGGUCUUUGAAAACAUCCCGGCUACAGAGGAUUUUUGGAAGAAAUACUCUGCAGAAAAGGACAAACGCCAAACACGGGUUGAUCUGACCUCUCUUUUGGUGGGACUGGUUGCUGUUGGUGUGGUCAUUGUUAUUGGUGGCCUUCUGCUCUGGUAUUUCUGCCAAGGCAAAUGCAAGAACUUAAAUCGCGCAAACUCCAUCCAGGUGCGACCGAGGAGGAGUAAUGCUUCACUAAUAAUGCGGCGGUUAGAGGAGGUGUCCUUACAACCUGUUCUCCCACCUACACAUCCAGCUUUGGAGGAGCCGGUGGGGUUGCCUUCUUAUGAGCAGGCAAUUGCAAAAGGUGGACAGUAUGAUGCCCCACCUCCUCCCUAUCCUGGCUCACGACCUGGGAGUAUUCGGCGGUAGUAUCUCCAGGACAACAACGUUUCACCAUCACAAGAUUUAAAAAACAUCUUAUGCCUUAUGUAUAUUUUUAUGAUUAUCUGCUUACACUCACACACGUCUGGCCUGUUGGGGGUACCUUUUCCUCAGCAGUAUAAUCCCCCUUUCUGAUCGCCCUUGUACCAAAACAUAGUACUUAGUUGUCUGUACUAACUAUUUUCCAGGGUCUAAAUAUGCUUUAUAAUAUUACCAUAAACCUGUGCAGAAUAAGCUUUAUAAUACAUUUGACCCAGUUUGCUGCUUUUUGUCUUAACGUAAAUGAAGAAUUACUAAUUAAUUGGACAAGAGGGAUUUAAAUUGCCGGAGCACUAAGGCCCUUAGGGAGCAGUUGCUUUAGACACAGCAUAUAUAGACUGGCUGAGAGAAAGAUUAUGUUUCAUUUCAUGAUAAGUAUUAAUUGCAAAUGAAGAGAAACAGACUGAUCUGUGUAGUCAUACAGGAUCCUG